UUAACAUUUACCUUCCAAACAUGGCUACCACCGUAGGAAGUUUGGAAGCCGGUGGCGGCCCUCGCUCUGGAAGGAUGUGGAAACUUUUGCUGGCAUUGCUGGCUCUCCUACCAGAUGUCUUUGCUGGGGCGGACUCAAAAGCUGUCACAACAACACUAACUACAAAGUGGCCUUCCACUCCCCUCCUCUUAGAGGCCAGUGAAUUCCUGGCUGAGGAAAACCAGGACAAGUUCUGGGAUUUUGUGGAAGCCAAUCAGCAUAUUGAAAAUGAUGAACAUGAUGGCACGGAUCUGUCCUACUAUGGGCUGAUCCAGAAGCGAGCCCAGCCUCUGCUCAGCCCAGUGCAGCUGAACCUGCUGAAGUUCGCCCUUUCUCUCAGAGCUUACUCCUCCACUGUGCACUCCUUCCAGCAGAUUGCAUCCAAUGAGCCCCCUCCAGCGGGCUGUACUGCUUUCUUUAAUGUUCACGGAAAGAAGAGUUGUAACACCGAGCAUUUGUCAGACCUGCUGGACACUGUGCCAAAGCCAUAUCUUUUCAAAGGAGAUCACAAAUUCCCUUCGACCAACCCAGAGGCUCCUGUAGUCAUCCUGUAUGCUGAAAUGGGGACUGAUGAGUUCUCCAGGUUACACCAGCUGAUGGUCUCCAAAGCCAACGAGGGCCUGAUUGUCUAUGUCUUGCGCCAUUUUGUUGCCAAUCCUAGCAAGAAUAAAGUGUACCUGUCUGGCUAUGGUGUCGAGCUCGCCAUUAAAAAUCAGGAAUACAAAGCCAAGGACGACACUCAGGUUCAAGGAGGUGGUGAAACCAAUGCUACCCUUGUCGGAGAGAGAGACGGUGUUGAUGAAGUCCAGGGCUUUCUCUUUGGCAAACUACGUACUAUGUAUCCUGAACUGAAGGAACAGCUGAGAGAACUCAGGAAGCACCUGGUAGAGAGCACCAAUGAAAUGGCUCCCCUCAAAGUGUGGCAGAUGCAAGAUCUCAGUUUCCAGACGGCAGCACGAAUCCUGGCAGCACCAGCAGCUGACGCGCUCACCGUGAAGGAUCUGAGCCAGAACUUCCCCACCAAGGCCAGGUCUAUCACCAAGACGGCUGUGAGCGCGGAGAUUCGUAAAGAGAUUGAAGAAAACCAGAAGUUCUUUAAAGGCACUCUGGGUCUUCAGCCAGGCGAGUCGGCCUUCUUCAUCAACGGCCUCCACAUUGACCUGGACGCGCAGGACAUCUUCAGUGUGUUUGAUGUGCUGCGUAACGAGGCUCGGGUGAUGGAGGGUCUGCGCAGCCUGCUCAUCGAUACGCCCUUCAUCCACGACAUUCUCAAGCUCAACGUCCAGCCCUCCGACUCCGACUACGCCGUAGACAUCCGCAGCCCCGCCAUCAAUUGGAUCAAUAACCUGGAGACGGAUCGGAGGUACGCCGGGUGGCCGUACAACGUCCAGGAGCUGCUGCGGCCCACCUUUCCUGGAGUCAUCCGCCAGAUCCGCAAAAACUUCCACAACCUGGUGAUCAUCCUGGACCCCAACCAGGAGAACUCUGCAGAGCUGCUGAGUGUGGCUGAGAUGUUCUACAGUAACAACAUCCCUCUGAGGAUUGGUUUGGUGUUUGUGGUGAAUGAUGAGGAGGACGUGGACGGCAUGCAGGAUGCUGGAGUCGCCAUGCUGCGAGCCUUCAACUACAUCGCUGAUGAGGUGGACAACCAGCAAGCCUUUGAUGCCAUCAUCAGUAUGCUGAACAGGGUCCCCAAGGGUGGGAAUCUGAAGGUGGAGCACGUGGUGGGGGUCCUGGAGAAGAGCUACCCCUAUGUGGAGGUCUCCAGCAUUCUGGGCACUGACUCAGCCUACGACAAAAACAGGAAGGAGGGUAAGGCCUACUUUCAGCAGACUGGUGUGGGACCUCUGCCGGUGGUGCUGUACAACGGCAUGCCCUACCAGAGAGAGCAGCUAGACCCAGACGAGAUGGAGACGGUCACCAUGCAGAAGAUCCUGGAGACCACCACCUUCUUCCAGAGGGCCGUCUACCUGGGAGAGCUGGCCAGUGACCACGAUGUGGUGGACUUCAUCAUGAACCAGCCUAAUGUGGUCCCGCGCAUCAACUCCAGGAUCCUGUCCACCAGCAGGCACCACCUGGACCUCUCCCACACCAACAACCAUUUCAUCGAUGACUACGCCCGCUUCCUCUUCCUGGACACGAGAGAGAAGAACACGGCGGUGGCCAACAGCAUGAACUACAUGACAAAGAAAGAUGAUGGCAUCAUCCGGCCAGUGACGUUCUGGGUGGUGGGCGACUUUGAUCAGCCUUCAGGCAGACAGAUGCUGUACGACGCCAUCAGGCACAUGAAAUCAAGUAACAACGUCCGGCUGGGCAUGAUCAACAACCCCAGCGAGAACCCCACCAACGAGAGCAGCCUGAUUGCUCGCGCCAUCUGGGCAGCCAUGCAGACCCAGACCGCCAACAACGCCAAGAACUUUAUCACUAAGAUGGCCAAGGAGGAGACCGCUAAAGCCAUAUACGCUGGGGCAGACAUCAGCGACUUCGCAGUUGGGGGCAUGGAUGUGUCUCUGUUUAAGAGCGCGUACAGCGGCCCCAAGGUGGACUUCCUGCUGUCUCACGCUGCCUACUGUCGGGAUGUCCUCAAGCUACAGAAGGGUCAGAGGGCCGUCAUCAGCAAUGGCCGAAUUAUUGGUCCUCUGGAGGAAGGGGAGGUCUUUAAUCAAGAUGACUUCCUGCUUCUAGAGAGCAUAAUUUUGAAGACGUCUGGAGAGCGAAUCAAGACCAUUGUCCAGAGACUAGGCGUGGAAGAGGACAGGGCCAGUGAUUUGGUGAUGAAAGUGGACUCUUUGCUGUCAUCACAGCCCAAAGGCGAGGCCAGGAUGGAGUAUGGCUUUGCCGAUGACCGAUACAGUGCUGUGAAGAUUAGGCCGAAAGAGGAGGAAGUGUACUUUGACGUGGUUGCCGUGGUCGACCCCGUGACCAGAGAUGCACAGAAGUUGGCGCCUCUGCUCCUGGUGCUAAAGCAACUGGUCAAUGUCCACCUGCGCAUCUUCAUGAACUGCCAGUCCCGACUCUCGGACAUGCCGCUGAAGAGCUUUUACCGCUACGUGCUGGAGCCGGAGUUGAGCUUCCAGGCUGAUAACAGCCUAUCGCUGGGACCCAUGGCCAAGUUCCUGGACAUGCCCCAGUCGCCCCUAUUCACCCUGAACAUCAACACCCCCGACAGCUGGAUGGUGGAGUCGGUCCACACACGCUACGACCUGGACAACAUCUACCUGGAGGAGGUGGACAGUGUUGUCCCUGCGGAGUAUGAGCUAGAGUAUCUGCUCCUGGAAGGCCACUGUUUUGACGUGAGCACAGGGCAGCCACCCCGUGGCCUGCAGUUCACCCUGGGCACGGCCACUGACCCCGUCAUCGUGGACACCAUCGUCAUGGCCAACCUGGGCUACUUCCAGCUCAAGGCUAACCCAGGAGCCUGGGUCCUCAAACUCCGCAAGGGCAGAUCUGAAGACAUCUACAAAAUCUACAGCCACGAUGGCACCGACUCCCCUGCCGACGCUGAUGAUCUCAUUGUGGUCCUCAACAACUUCAAGAGCAAGAUCAUCAAAGUGAAGGUCCAGAAGAAGCCGGAGAAGAUGAACGAGGAGCUGCUGAGCGAUGGUGCCCACGAGAACGACUCGGGAUUCUGGGAAUCUCUCACAAGAGGCUUCACGGGCGGGAGCAAGACAGACGAGAGCAAGCAGGAGAAGGACGACGUCAUCAACAUCUUCUCCGUGGCCUCGGGGCACCUGUACGAACGCUUCCUCAGGAUCAUGAUGCUCUCCGUGCUGAAGCACACAAAGACGCCCGUCAAGUUCUGGUUCCUGAAGAACUACCUGUCCCCAACAUUCAAAGAGUUCAUCCCUUACAUGGCAGAGGAGUAUGGCUUCCAGUAUGAGCUCAUCCAGUACAAGUGGCCCCGCUGGCUGCACCAGCAGACGGAGAAGCAGCGCAUCAUCUGGGGCUACAAGAUCCUCUUCCUGGACGUGCUCUUCCCCCUGGCCGUGGACAAGAUCCUCUUUGUGGACGCUGACCAGAUCGUGCGCACUGACCUGAAGGAGCUACGUGACUUUGACCUGGAGGGGGCGCCGUACGGCUACACACCCUUCUGCGAGAGCCGCAGGGAGAUGGACGGCUACCGCUUCUGGAAGUCUGGCUACUGGGCCAGCCACCUGGCCGGACGCAAGUACCACAUCAGUGCCCUGUAUGUGGUGGACCUAAAGAAGUUCAGGAAGAUUGCAGCAGGGGACCGUCUGAGGGGACAGUACCAGGGACUCAGUCAAGAUCCCAACAGUCUCUCUAACCUGGACCAGGAUCUGCCCAACAACAUGAUCCAUCAGGUCCCCAUCAAGUCCCUCCCUCAGGAGUGGCUGUGGUGCGAGACCUGGUGUGACGACGCGUCCAAGAAGAAGGCCAAGACUAUCGAUCUGUGCAAUAACCCCCAGACCAAAGAGCCCAAGCUACAGGCGGCCGUGCGCAUCGUGGCCGAGUGGAGCGACUACGACAAGGAGGUGAAGCGCUUCCACAGAAAGUUCCAGAAGGAUAAGGAGAGUGGAGGAAGUAGCACAGAGGACGACCAGAGCGCACAAACAGAUUCUGACCCGCAUACCGAACUGUGAGCACAGCCCUUACAGUUGAGGAAGACUCGACUCUGUUUAAAGAGUUGCUUGCGUGUUUGUUUUUUUGAACUGAAGCCAAUUCUCAUGGAACAUGGCUGCUAUUUGAGCUGAGAGACUUGAUCCAAAAAAAGAAACAUCAUCUUUG